ACAGAUCAGACAACCGUUCCUGUUGGCGAUUGAGAGUUGGGUAGGCGCGAUGACUAAGCACGCGAUUGGUGGGGAGACGUAGCAUCGCCGCGUACCUCCAGGUGUAGCAUUGCGACGCCAACACGCGACUUCCAGUACCCAACGCCAAUGGCGACCGAAACGCCAGACCCACGAACCUUCCAGACGUGGGAGGAUGCGUUCCAAUACCCUAUACCCAUCGUCCGGAAGCUUGAACAGCAGCUCCGCAACAAUGCCGAUGACAAUCGAGAGAAGCUACGGUCGCUCGUCGGGGCAAGCUAUCGUAGCCUCCUCGACACGGCCGGUACGAUCAUCGACAUGGAAGUGCGCAUGGAGCAGGUGGAAAGUAGGCUUUCAAGAGUAGGGCAGAGCUGUAAUUCACGGGGCCUGGAGAAGAUCACAAACAACGCGGGCAAGAUGGAUACCCAUACACGAAGUCGCGAUGCGGAGCGCUAUACUUUCGCGGCCCAGCUUGCAGUCAUGCGCAACGCGCCUGUGGUCAUGACGCGCCUCAUGAAAAGAGAAGGAUCAUAUCUGCUCAUCGCGAAAGUCUUGGUCAUCUCAAGAUUACUCCACAAAUCGCUCAGUCAAUCCAGCAGCAAAGCGCCAAUUGUCGAUCAGCUGUGGGACAGACUCCUGUCGGUACGGAGGAAGCUUCUCAGACGGAUUGAUAAGCGCCUCUCGAACACAAACGGCGAGACCGCCAGCCUGCUCGAAAGCAUGUGUGCCUAUGCGCUCGCGACGAGCUCCACACCGACCGAUGUCCUACACCAUUUCCAUAAGAUGCGAGUGGACAAGAUGAAUAGUGAGCUUAGGGCAGGAGGCGAUGAGCUUGCGAAGCAUGGCAUCAAUGCGCUCAAGCUGUGCAUUCAGACAUGCCUAGAUACGCAGACCAUAUUUCCACGGCGCCUAGCAGAGGCAUUGGGAAAGCUAAAGGCGCACUCAUUGAUCCAGGACCCCGACGUCCGCAAUCUCUACGAGUUGAACCUGGAUGUACACGACCGGUGGCUAGGAGACGAGGCUCGGAACUACACACCAUGGCCGAGGCACGACGAGUUGCAGCGACCGGAAGCAGAGCGGAUACUGCACCGAUGGUCGAAGGAUGCCAUCGCCGCUUUCCUCAAGGGUGUUCAGAAAGCACUGGAGGAAGAAGAACGACUCAAGGAGGUUGCAGAUUUGAGGCAAGAGCUGAUCGAAACCUGGAUAUUGUCUGGCUCGCGAAUGGCGGGUGUCAAGUCGGCCAACGUUUUAGAUGAUCUACGAGAUGCGAUGAACGACAAGCUCGAGGGUAUAGUACGAUCGCGCACACAGGGGCUGCAAAAUGUAGUUACAGAACUUACGACUCGACUGGACACAGUGACUUCAUCAGACAAGACUGUAGCACCGUCACUAUGGGAUACCACCACUAAGGCCUCCGAUCUGAGCAAUGGCGCGCAGAACUUCAAGUCCGCUAUACUCGACACUUACCAAGGCCGGGAUGAGCCUGUCAUCAGCGUAACUUCUGCCUUUGACAAGUGGAUGGAGUCUAUCCUGGAAGUCAAGGGCAUUGUCAAGAGCAUGAAGGAAGCACGAUGGGAUGACACUUUUGCGGAUGAUGUAGAUGAAGAAUCUGAUGAUGAGCUUGGCGAUUCGAAGCAAGCUCUACUCAGCGACGACGAUCCGAAGCUGCUAGAAGAAGCUACUCAGGACGCCUUGAGCGAAGCCAUGCAAAACCUAAGCCGAAGCUUCAACGCUAUCGUGAAGAAGUCUGAUGGCGAGCAAUCAACACAGAAGGCCACUUUCAUGCUGCGCGUGGUCAGGGAAAUUGGCGAUCGGAUACCGCGGUUACGCCUCCAAGAUAAAGCAACACCUCUCGCGUCACCCUUCACUCCAGAAAUCCUUCAACCUUUGCAUACCACCCUCGCUUUAUGCGUCACGCGACCAAGCAUAGAAGUAUUGAAGACCUCGCUUGCAGAUUCACUCAAAGUCAAGACGAAUAGCCACAUCCUGUGGGAAGGACACCCGCCACUACCGAGCCAGCCGUCACCCAGCGCUUUCAGAUUUCUGCGGGGCCUGAACAAAGAUAUGGAUGCGCUCGGUAGUGAUGUAUGGGCGCCCGGCAGCGUCGAGGUCCUGAAAAGUAGCGUCGCCCACGAAGUAGUCAAAACGGUUCAGGAGCAUCUCGACGCCAUCGUCGCGCCUACGAAAACUCAAAGCCUUUCUAUGAAGAAGGAAGACGAAGACAAAGAGGAAGAUGGAGCCGAAGACUCUACAAAUACUGGUGAAACUGAGAAGGCAGACAUUACCCCACCAUCAUCAAGCCACAGCGAGGCAAAAGAACAGAGAGUCAAACAACUGCUUUUCGAUCUUCUCUACAUCCAACGCUUCGUUGGCGAUACAGGUGCAGACAAUGCCGAACUCACAGCGUUCGUACAGAAGACCGAGCUAGUGGCAUUGGACGAGGCCGCUAUCAACAGGCUGAGGAAGAAUGCGGUGGAUUAUGCGAAGAAGACGUACCUGCUUUUCGCACUGCUCGCGUAGAUAAUACGUAGACAUGCACCAAUGAUACCAGUACCUAUCCUCACUCUGCACUU